AUGGGAGAUGGAGGCCCCCUGCAGACCGAGGGGAAUGCCCUCCUCAAAGCCGUCUUUCAAGGGAAGCUGAGGUUGACCCGCCUGCUGCUGGAGGGCGGAGCUUACAUCAACGAGGGCAACGAGCGCGGGGAGACUCCCAUCUCCGCCGCCUGCUUGGCGAGCUACGACGACCUGCAGACCCGGCAGAGGAUGGUGAGGUACCUGCUGGAGAAAGGCGCCGACCCGAACAUCCCCGACAAGAGCGGGAGGACAGCGCUGAUGCACGCCUGCGCCGAGCAGGCGGGGAAAGAGGUGGUGUCGCUCCUUCUGGAGAACGGAGCCGAUCCCAGCCUCAAAGACUACUCCGGCUCCUCCGCCCUCGUCCACGCCAUCAACAAGGGAGACCGCGACACCCUGCAGGUGCUGCUGGACGCCUGUAAGGCCAAAGGCAAGGAGGUGAUCAUCAUCACCACCGACACGUCUCCCUCCGGCACCAAGAAGACCAAGCAGUACCUCAACGCCCCCCCCUCGCCGUGCAUCGUGGACAAACUGUCUCCGGCCUGCAUGUCUCCCUCUGAGGUGGAGAUCGGCACCUCUUCGCCGGCGGGAGACAAGAACAAAGACGAGGAGGGGAUCUUCAGCUUCGCGCUCACUUCGGCUUUACCGCUACCUUCAGCUCGACCUCCGGGAGAAAAGAGGCCGCCGCCACGCAAGCUGCUGAAGAGGCUGAACUCAGAGCCCUGGGGCCUGGUGGCACCCUCGGCCCUGAGCGGGGUUCCUCAGGAGAGGGUCGACGGAGGCCUGCAGGAGGAGGGAAGCUGCGACCUGAGCAGGGUGAUUGCAGAGAUUAACGGCCUGUCCAUCGCAGAGCCGGUGAGACCUCUGUUGUCACGGCGACACAGCAUCGAGACCCACGACCCCUGCUCCCCAAAACUCAUCGAUCGGUCCUGCUCCGAGGACUACGCGGCCCUCUCUGGUUCCUCCUGGGCUGACAAAGUCCAGCAGCAUCAGAUCCUGUACCGUCGGAACACGGCCCCGGAGUCCCAGGAGAACGCCGGGGGGCCUGGGGCGGUGGCUGCUCGGGCCCUGGCCCACCCCAGACUGACCCGGAUGGAGCAUUACGAGUCGGACACUCACCUCUGCCCAGAGUCCAUCCCUGGAUCUCCGGACUCUGGUCGGGUGUCUGUGGAGCGGAGGAGGUACAACGCCUCCCCCCUGUGCCUGGUCACCAGCUCCUCCAGGGAGUCUCUGGAGAACAUCCCCAACUCGGUGUCCCCCAUCACGAUGCGCCGGCGUCCCCCGGGGCUGCUGGAGCGCCGGGGCUCCGGGACCCUUCUGCUGGACCACAUCUCCCACACCAGGCCCGGCUUCCUGCCUCCGCUCAACAUCAACCCGCAGAGACCCAUCCCCGACAUCCGGGCCAACGGCAAGCCCACCUCCCCGAUCCACUCCGGGCACAAGAUCCUGGUCCCCAUGGCCCCGGCCUCGCCCAAACGGGGCCCCGACUUCAAGAUGAAGAAGAAGCUGAUGAGGAGACACUCCAUGCAGACGGAGCAGAUGAAGCAGCUCUCCACCUUCCAGGAGAUUCUGGCCGAGAAGGUCGUUGAGUCCAACGGGGAUUGA